CAUCUAACAGAAUACAUUACUUAACCUCUCAUCAACUUGUUAAAUGCAGCUACGUUCAGGGUGGUAUGAUCAGUACAAUCAGCCAUUUCAUUUUCAUAUGUCGUGUAUGUAAACAAAAGAGUGCAAUUAUGACGGACGGUGAAAUUCCGAUUCACUUGAUUGAAGAAUCGAAUCUUGCGAUUCAAGAAUCGCUUCCUGACAAGUCGCGAGUAAAAUAUGAAGCGACCUAUGACACAUUUGUAACGUGGCAAGAAAAACAAGGAACGCAAUCAUUUGCGGAAGCAGAUUUACUCUCAUAUUUUCACCAAUUGGGAGAGAAAUACAAGCCUAGCACACUUCGGUCAAUUUACUCAAUGCUUAAAACGACGAUUAAUAACAAAAAAAAUAUUGACAUCAAAAACUACAAACAACUAUUAGCAUUUUUGAAGAAAAAAAAUACAGGUUACAAUCCCAAAAAAAGUGAAGUUUUGACGUCUGAUCAAAUUGAACAAUUUUUGAAGGAAGCUGAUGACACAGAAUAUUUAGACAUAAAAGUCGUUUUGAUCAUUGGUGUAUAUGGAGCAUGCAGAGGUGGAGAGCUUUGCAAUCUUAUCGUAGAUGACGUAAAAGACAUUGGAUCUUCAUUUUUAAUAAAAAUACCGGAUACGAAAACACAUCGUCCAAGAUCAUUUGUUAUUGAAUCUGAGGAUUAUCAGCUCGUAAAAAAAUAUAUGGAUCUGCGACCAAAGGAUGUGAAAACCUCUAGAUUCUUUCUAAAUUAUCAGAAAGGCCGGUGUACUCAGCAGGUUAUUGGCAAAAAUAAGAUUGGCCAUAUGCCGCAAAAAAUUGCUCGUUACUUAGGUUUAGAAGAACCUGAGUCGUACACUGGGCACAGUUUCCGAAGAUCGUCAACGACAAUGCUUGCCGAACGUGGAGCCGAUAUGCUCUCCAUAAAAAAUCACGGUGGUUAG